GGGAAGAAGGGGAUGAGAUAGGAAAGAGGCCAGCUCAAGUUCAGCCACGAUAAAACCGAAGGCCCCCUGAACUCGAGGUGAAACUCAGGCUACCCUCUCUUCCCUCCUCCUGGGGAGCGUGCUCCCGGUACCCACAGCCCUCACGCACCGCCAUCCCGUCCCCUCCCUAGGAAAACGAGCGAAGGCACGAGGCAGGCGAGGGGCGGGGAGAGGAGCUGACAAAUCAGCUGCGGGGGCGACGUGAAGGAGCCAGGGAGCCAGAGCGCCCGGCAGCAGACGGCAGGAGACCAGCAGGUGCUCCCCCUGCCCUUGCCCCUCAGCCCAGAGCCUUUCACCCCUCUUGCAUUGAAAUUAGAUUGGGGAAAACAGGAGGAAUCAGAGUUCUGCGGAAGCCUAGAGAGCCGUGUGGAGCAAAGAUACAUCUUUAGCCAUGGAUGUGUUCAUGAAAGGACUUUCAAAGGCCAAGGAGGGAGUUGUGGCUGCUGCUGAGAAAACCAAGCAGGGUGUGGCAGAGGCAGCUGGGAAGACAAAAGAGGGCGUCCUCUAUGUAGGUUCCAAAACUAAGGAGGGAGUCGUUCAUGGAGUGACAACAGUGGCUGAGAAGACCAAAGAACAAGUGACAAAUGUUGGAGGGGCAGUGGUGACUGGUGUGACAGCAGUCGCUCAGAAGACAGUGGAGGGAGCUGGGAACAUUGCUGCUGCCACUGGUUUUGUCAAGAAGGACCAGAUGGGCAAGAAACAAGUAAUUCCUUAAGGAUGCUUGAGGACAGAGAGAAACACCACUGAGACUACACUGCUGUUCUGGUGAGCAGAAGCAGCAAGACACUCUCCAAAGCACGGGGGACAUAUUAAAGCCCUGCGUCUGUUGGCUCCACUAGUGCAUGGAAUUUCAACUGGCGGAUGAGUUAAAAAAUUAAAACAAGUUCUGCCUGACAGCCACUCAUCCGGAAUAUAUUCUUUGCUGUCAUGAUGAUUAGCCAUCUGUUCUCAGAUCUGAAGAAUAUUUUUUCCUAGGUCUUACCAUCUACUGUCAUUAUUAUCUACUAUCAUUGCCCAUCACUAAAAUCAUUAAAUCACAUUUAAAGCUGUGAGGUCUAGGAGCUGUGAGUUAUCUUUAUGGUAGCAUACUUGUUCAAUGUGCUAGCACUUGUCCAGCGUAGGUUCUGGGUUCAACCACCCCCAACACCAUCAAAAUGCAAAUGAUCAAAUAGGAAGAUGUAUUAACUUUAUGCUUUAUUAGACUCUACCUAUUUCUACUAAUAAAAUACCACACUCUGUGGCAGUGAAAGGGAGGACAUGCCAUGCAUGCUGCUUGACCAGUUUUUAGACUUGUAACUAGUUUCAGGUUAUGUUCAUAAAAGGCACAUGGAAAGGAAAAGUAGUAAAAUUUGUGUAUUUGGAUUAUUUACUUUGAGGGCUGUGCUUAAGGAAACCUUGUUUUCUUUUAUCCAAAAUAGAAAGGAUUUAAAAUGAUGAUGCAGUGGUUUUCAAUCUGUGGGUUGCAACCCUUUUGGGCUUGCAUAUCAGAUAUUUACAUUAUGAUUCAUAACAGCAACAGCAUUAGAGUAAUGAAGAAGCAAAAAAAAUAUGGGUUGGGGUCACCACAGCAUGAGAAACUCUAUUAAAGGGUUCUAGCAAUUAGGUAUGUUGAGAAUCACUGUUUUAAGUUCAGUCACAAUUUGAAGCAACAGAAAUACAAGUGCUCUUGGGUAACUUCUACAUGGUCAUCUUACUCUAGUAACUUAUCCAACUGGGAAAAGUGGACAGACUGCUGCAGACUGAAUCUGAAUAGAAAUAAAAAUUCUACACACCCAUAGUUCCCUUAGGCACAUCCUUCUAUGGCUUGUACUACAACUGCUGCCACUCAGCCUAGAUCCCCUCUCACUCUUUGUGAAAAAGUGAUUGUAUCCUUGGGGAUCUAUAAAGGUUCUGACUUUAUGAAUUAACCUCAAAUCAGGGAGCCACAGGACUUCCAACUUUGUUUUCAAAGACGUGUGAACGCCCCUGUUAGAUAUUGUUUAUUGAAGCCUUUGUGAGGUUCAGCCAUUUAAUCGACCAAUUAUCUUAUUUGUAAUCAAAUCUGGUAUUUUAUGUGAGUCUCUAUGUGCUGAGAAGGAUAGGAUAAUUCAAUCAGCAGUCACUCAUAGGACUUGUACUCACUCUAUGUAAUUAAUAAAGAGGUAUUAGCAUCAGUGAGAUGAGUCAGAGGGUAAAGAAACAUUCUGCCAUGUCUGAUGACCCAGGUUUGAUCCCGUAGGAUCCACCUAGUAGAAGGAACAACACCAUGCCACAUGUUGUCCUUUGACCCUUUGAGCUCCCGAUUCUCACUCUAGCACAUAUGUACUCACAUACUAAAUACAAAGUUUAAGAGAGACACUAGGCUUAGUCAAUAAAAUUAAUAACAGAUGAUUGAUGAUUUACUAGAAUACUCAAGUACAUAGUCCACAAAGAAACUAACAUUAUGGAUUAAUAGCAAAAUACAUAUGGAUGUGUGUGUGUGUGUGUGUGUGUGUGUGUGUGUGUGUGUGUGUGUGUGUAGUGGGGAAGGGUAGAUUGAGGAAUAGCCAUACAAUAGUUAAGCUUCAUCUGGUCCUUCAAAAUUCUGAGUAAGAAAAGGGAUAUGAACUUGAAACUUAAAGGAACUCUGAUGGCUAUGUGCAAAAUACUUUAGGGCAGAAUUUAGAAGUGGGAAUUAAAAUUUGAAGUCCAUAAUGAAUUCAUCCAAAAUUGCUUUACACAACAUUGUUUUGUACACUGAAAACUAUACAAAUGUUUUUUAACAAGUAACAAAAAUUAUUUUGUUAGCAGUGGUUUGCAUAUAAUCAGGAAAGAAGGCUCAACAGGUAAAAGAUCAUGCAUACAUGAUGUACCAAAUUCAAUUCCCACCAAAGGUGAAGGAGAGAACAGAGUGCAAAAAGAUGUCCCCUGACCUCCGCAUGUUACACAUUGCACUUGUAUCUAACCAUACAUUCUAUACACACUCAUACAUACCAUACAAUGUAAAGACAAGCGCCUACAUUCUGUAUUCUUAAAGGAAUAUUUUUAAAAUUUUUGUAAUAAAUAAGAUUUUUGAAAUUUAUCAAACCAAUCCUUUUACAAGCAGAUGUAGUAACUCUUAAAGUCCCCAAUUUAAAUGACAUGCAAAGUUUUUGUUAUUGGUUUUCAUACACUGACUUCACACCACAGUGUGGCAUUCAGAUGUUUCUGGAAAACUCUGAAAUCUUUUCAUUGUCUUCUUUUGGAAUUGUUCUAUGACUGUUCCUCUUUAACAGGAAAGCAGAAUGAACAAGCAUCCAAAAUGGUCAGGCCAUGUAGCCAAUGUCGGAAAAUUCAUUAGUUCUAGUGGAUUCUAUUGAGGACUGACCAAAAGAUGCAAAACAUAUGAUUUGAAUGCAGUUAUGUGGAAGAUUUUCCUGCAGGACUCAAACAAAAUCAAGUAACUGACAGACAGACAGACAGACAGACAGACAGACAGACAGACAGGAGGACAGGCAGACAGACUCACUCCCCCCUUCCUCCCUCAUAUACACACUUGUGUGCAGGGAAGAGAGCCAUUGUAUUAGAAAAUGCAACUUGGAUGGCCAUCAGGGAGUGAAUGCCAGUUUCCACAAAAUAUAUCACAAAGCAAAACAGACAACAGUCCUUUUUAUGGAGAACACCCAGGCUGACCUUAAACUCAACUGGAGCCUCUUGGGCCUUGGCUAUCAUUUUGGAGUAGAGUGAAUGAAGGAACAGUUAAAAGAGAGACAGAAGCAGACACUUGCCAGUGCUACCUAAACAGGUACUUGGUGUAUUUUGAGCCUUAUUUCUGGCAGGUUUGAGAUGCAAAAGGAGGUGAAACCUUGAGGGAAAUGAGAGAGCCCAGAGAUUCUGGAAUGGAUGUGAAGCACUCAGAGGUGGUUUGCCAUUGCUCAGAGCUGUUCUCAUAAUAGUUUAAGAUCCCAAGUCUUAAAGUACCAGGAACUAUGUUACUGUUUAUUUGUUUUUUUCUACCCUUUGGUUAAAAUACACUUUUGAUGCUUCAGCAUAGUUAUGAUGGGGAAUUACUAGCAAGUGCUUUUUAACAACUGAUAUUUGGGUCUCCUGGUUUCUAUGCAAGUCAUAAGUCUCUUUAACCACUUAAUCUCCUGCAAGCCCCAUGUCCACAGAGCAUCUGUAUGGUUACUCGUGCCCAUGCUCCAGAAAUGAGAGAUGUACCAAUGAGUGGAGAAUCCAAUUUAAAAUUGCAUGAGAAUGUAGAGUAUACAAAGAGCUCUGCAGGAGUGCAUACAGAUGUGAAUGCCAGCAGUCCCUAAACUGCUUUCUCUAGACUUUCUCUGCUCAUGGUCUUGCUACCUGCUUUGCUACCCUUGUCCUUACCUUAGCCAGCUCUCUUAAAUGCUCCCAUCAUUUAUCUACCACUAUCUCUCCUUUAACACUCUUCCCCCUCUGGUUCUGGAUGCUUAUCUGUCCUUCCUUUUUGUUCCAUAUCAUAUGAUGUUCAUUUUGCAGUAGCUAAACUGUAUUAUAGUGGUCUGGGAGUCUGGCUCCAGAGUUCCACUGUGAGCUCAUGGACAAUAGCUGCCAUCCUCUGCACUACACCAAUAGAUGAAGUUGGACAAUGGACUGUGUCCCAUGGUGCAUGAGUGCUCUGUGCUGGUUGAAACCCUAUAGCUAGUGGACAAUGUGUAUACAUUGACAGUGUUUUCUAUUUGUUUGUUUUGUUUUGUUUUUGUUUUUGGGCAGCAUACUCACUUCAGGGUUUUAAGAAUAUGACAUGACCUGUGUAUAAUUAAUAAAUUAUACACAGACAGAGGAUUUUCAGUUUAAAGUUAUGGAUCAAAUGAGAAAUCAGUGAAGGACUGAAGCAGACUGUAAGGUGAGAAUGAAGGAAAGCUCCCAAAAUAUAUGCUAGGAGUGAGGGCUCCAGUGUGAAGAACGGCUAAGUGUGGGUCUGUUUUUAAGAGAUGCACAAACGUAUCUGUGCUAAGCAGGCCCAAUAUUUACUUUUGAAUGAAGGAAAAUGCUUGUGACUUAACAGUUUGCCUGUGCAAUGGACUAAAACUAAAAAUGUAAACUAUUACUACUACUACUACUACUACUACUACUACUACUACUAUUAUUAUUAUUAUUAUUAUUAUUAUUUAAUCUUUCUUUACAAUCCAGUUGUUUUGCCCCUCAUGGCCCACCCUCUGACUGUUCCUCAUACCAUUCCUACACUCCUGUCUCCAAGAGCAUGUCCCUACCCACUAUCCCCACCCCAUCAGACCUUCUCACUCCCUGGAGCCUCAAGUCUAGUGGGGUUAAGUGUGUUUUUUUAAUAUCUCACUUUUGCCAAAGGAAUCUAACAUUAUUGCCACCAAAUCCCACUAAAAAUCCUAGACCAGCAAAAAGAAGGGAGUUCCACGAAUCCCCAUGACAUGCUGCAUUUUUCUAACUAUAGGUUGAACAAGAGCUUUUCUGAAUUCAUUUCAUGGGAACCUCACUGUGUGUCCCUACAAAGUGCUGCUCCAUAAUUUAACACACAUAUGUGGUGUGUGAUAUUCGAUCAGGGACUCCAGCCAGGAAAGACAGCACUGUAGGUGCCUCACAAACACAAAGACUUGACUCGGUUUUCCUGAACUCAUAUUUGAAAACAACUGGUUGUGACACAUGUGAAUGAUUCUCUCUCUGAAAAGAUGAUAGGAAGGCCUCUGAGUUUCUUGGCUAACCAGCACAGCCUACUUGGCAUGAUUCAAGCCUGCUAGAGAUAUUGUUGGAAAGAAAAUUGUCAACAGAAUCUAAGGAACAACACUAAAAGCUGUGCACUGGCCUAUACACACCUCCUCCUCCCCUCCCAUACCCACAUAUUCAUAUGUACACAUGUACCUCUGCCCCACACAUGAAUACACACACACACACACACACACACACACACUUACAUGCACAUGCAUACUCACACACACACCAUUUAUUUUAAAGACAGGCUACAAUUUUCAUUGCUUUGGCUAUUGCUCAUUCUUUUUGUUAGGAAACUGCCAAUGUCAUUCCCCUUGAUCCCUAUAAAACAGCUAAUAAAGUGUUAUAAACUGUGGUCACAUUAUGCUGUAGUAGAAAUGCCAGAGUCUUCCUUUCUAUCUGUAUACUGCUGUGUUUAUCCAGCUUCUUCCUGCCUCCUCUAUCCCUCUUUACCCUUUCUAUCCUCUUGUGACAGCUGUUCUACUCUCUAUUUCAAUGAAAUCAAUAAUUUACCUACAGUUUAAUAAUUUUAAUACAGUCAUUAAUUAUAGCAACCAUUUUGAAAACACUUGUUUCCUUAGAAUGCAAAGUUUUAACUAAGCAAAUAUGGUUUUCCAUGAAAAUAUUUAACAAUAUAUAAUAUGACAUUAUACAUUAUAUAUUAUAUAUUGUAUAUGUAUAUGAUGUAAGUCACAUAUAAUAUGAUAAUAUAUUUCAUAUUAUAAGUAAUUAUUCAGUUAUAUUUUCUAAUUGUAUAUUAUAUUUAUUGCAUAUUAUAUAGAUUAUAUAUUUAUAAUUAUAUCAUACUAUAUUACAUAGUAUACAUAUUUAAUAUUUUUAUGGAAAACUAUAUUUAUCUAGGUAAAACUUUGCAGUCUAAUGAAAAAACAUUUUGAAAUGAUUAUUAUAAUAAUUUAAAAUUAUUCAAAUGUAGAUAAAUUCUCAAAUCUAUGGAUAUAUAUCAUUAUAUUUGAUGUAUAUUACAUUGUAUAUAAAAUAUCUUUUUAAGUAACUGUCUUUUAAGCAAGAAUACCUCAUUGAUUUAAAUAAGUACUAUGACUUCUACAUUAUAUCCAUACUAUAUUAUUUUUAUGGUGCUGUUUGCAAAUUCUCUAUUUUUAUUCUAGUCUUUUCGUUAAGCCUCAAUAAAACAUACUAUCCUCCUUAGCCACUUCAUUAGAAUCUACAUAAUUAAGCCACGAGAGGGAAAAUAUUGGACUCCUGCUCAAUAAAUUACAUGAAAUAUGGGAAAAUGCUUCGUUAUAUUACAAAGUGGACGUCUAUGAUUGUGUCUACAAAGUGGACACACACACACACACACACAAAAAAAAAACUUUAUAAAAAUGUUAAAAAUAAUACCAGACAGAAUGUUGUGGGAAAAUAGCAUUAGAUAUUUGAUUAAUUUUCUCCUGCUUUUUAGAAAAAAAAUUCAAGUCCUUCACACUUUGUGUAAAGCACAAAAGAUUCAGCCUAAGGAAAACCUGAAAACUGGGUUUUAUAAGCCACCAGUCCAGAAGUUGAAUAUUUCCAAUCAAAACGCUCACGCCCCAUUUCCUCAAAGUGCUGCUUCAAAACAAAGCAAUAAUAGUGGACAUGAAAAACCACUGGCAACUCUAAUUUAUGGUGGAAUAUACUGAUGAAUGAUUUAUUUAUCCUAGAAGUGCCAGUAUUUCACUCUUCUGCCUCUCUUGACAGCGAUUGGAAUAGUUUCAGUAGUACAGGCAUAACUGGGUUCUGGGAUUUGGCUAGAAAUGAUUUGGCUGGGUGCCUGUUGCUGAGGGAAGAAACUGCCAAACAUUUCUAAAGCCAAACACCAAAUCGGGCUUAGCGUCAUGUAUCAGGCUGGCCCUGCAAAAUGAUUCCAUUCCAAAGGUCAGAAAUGCUGUGCCCUGAUUCCAGAAUUCUAUUCAGAAAUAGGAAACAGAGACAGCUUCAAAAUAGUACACAUCCCAUCUUCUUUUCAGAAUAAAAGCUUUGGCUUCCUCGGUGCUUAGGAAGCCAUUCUGGCCUCCAGUACAAUAUAUGGAGAGUAGGUCACUUUAGAAAGACACGGUCUCUAUGUGUCUCUUUCUUCUGUGUAUUUUCUAAAAACUAGGAAGUUUAUGAAUGAAGCUCAAGCCUAUCCAUGUAAAAUGCAUGGGAGGAAGAGGAACUUAAUACAAACUUUUCUUAUUCUCCUUAUAUUACUGUUUGCAUGUUAGAAAGUAUUCAGCUUCUGGUUUAGUGGUAGCAGCUUGUACCAAGUCAACAGUAACUGCAGCCAGAUAACAGUGAGUUUGUGUGAGCAAAUUUUUUACAUUUUGGAAGAAUAGAGCUACACAGGGUUGAAUCUACCUUGCAUUUUGAUCUUUAUCAGUUUUGUGGAGGCAUAUUUCCACAACCAUACCUCUGUAUGUUUGCUGUAAUUAGAUACACAGCCAUAAACCAAUUGCUCCCUCAUUUCCAUAUUAUAUGUAUUCUCAAUGGAACAAGAUACAAGAGCUAGUAACCAUUUGUUUGCCUUCUUAGUUUCUUACUCUCACGACCCAGUAUUUAUUGUGUAAAGCUAUCAGCAGCUACCAUAUGCCAAUGACAUGAGUUUUACUCUGUGGAAACACCCAUGAUAACAAAAACAACUUGCGUGCUCAGAUAUAGGGAAUGCUCAGCAGUCAAGGAGGGAGAAAAUUCAUUUCUUAUCUAGAAAAAACUCAUUUUCUUUUGCAUUUUCAACUUUUUUUAUAUUAAUAAGAAACAUCAACAGUCUAAUAACAUAAUGGGUUCACUUAAAGAUGACACAUCCAUUGAUAACUGAAACUCAGACUUCAACACUGAGUUCAAUGAAUUAUAAAAAAGCAUCCUACAUCUUGCUAGAAAAGUAGUUAAACAGAACCUUAGUUAUGUACAGCCAGCAAGCAUCAAGCUUCUCAUCUCCAUGGUGGAAGUAAUUAAAGUAGGAAGUGCCCAUUUUGACCCUGCUGUCAGCAGAAGAAACACUUGGCUUGUCAGUACAGCCUUGGCCAGGCCAUCUACUUCCCUGACACGAGAUAGGUGUAAAUUAGCAUGUCCAUCCUUCCUUGCCUUUGUAGUUCAUACAGAAUCCAGGGAGCAACACAUUCGGGAGUGAGAGCUGUACCAUUUUCACAUAGGAAAUGUGAACACACUUCAGUGUCAAUGCAGGGAAUUACACUGGUUACAAAAAUCACAGAAUUUCUUUGGCUGAUGCUUUUUAGAGAAAUAUAAAAUGAGGAACACUGAAAUCACAACCUGGCAUCACUUCUAUCCUUGGAGACCUGACUAUUUCUGCAGUCACAGCUGCAAAACCAUCGUUAUGUUUGCUUCGUGCUAGCUUUGAUGUCCUGUAGAUGAAGACUACCACAGUACAUUUUCUGAAACUCCCAAACCACUUAUGAUCACCACACAAGAUAUUUUCUUUUUGUUGAGAAUUAAAUAAGAAUAUGGCCAAGGAACAGAAUUAGCAUUGUGGAGAAGAUGCGAUAAGAUGAAGAACCAUUAGGAGCUGUCAAUCACGUCUCCCGCUUGCUGGGUUCAUUUUCUCUCUAUCUCAGCCAUCAAAUCAAACAUAACCUUGUUCCUGACUAUAAAGUCAGCAAUAUUAUACAACUAAUUUAAUAGCAUUUGGAAGAGACUAGAUAUACCAGCUAGGAAAAGAAUAUAUCCACUGUCUUAAAACAUGUAUUAUAAGAAGCAUAGUCUUAUAAAUUCCUAGGUUUGACAGAACCUCAGUGCUGAGUGGUGAUCACUUGGUAUGUGCUGGGCACUGGUGGUGCCCUUUACCUGCAUUGGUUCAUUGUAUCCUCACCUUGAGCAGUUGACUGCGUUUCACUUGAACAGCCCUCAUUUCUGUGACCAUUUAUCCUUCAUCAUCUACCCAGCAAGAGCCUGGUAUGUGUUUGCUCUGCCAUUCUGUAUACUCCAUGGCCUUCUUCAUAUUCCGUGAAAUUUUCAACAGUGUCUUCUUCUGUUCCCCUCCUUGCCCACAUUAGAAACAUGUGAAGGAUAAAAGAUUUGAUUUCUUCAGAAUCAUUACCUUUUCUAGCAAUAACUAACACUGAAAGCUAUCUGAAGCACAAAUAAAUUAAUUGAAUUGAGCUCUGCAGUCACCUAGCAAAAGGGCCACUCUAGAGUAAGGCAGACUCAGCUUAAGCCUUGAAUAGAAGAUAGGCAGGACAGUUAUCCUUUUGAUGAGACAGACGUCUUAUGAGUGUAGUUAUGCUAUGUCAUAAUGAGACCACAUUUUCUAAAUUAGUCAGAGGAGCAUAACUUUCUCAUUCUUCUGCCUUUUCUAAGUGUGCUUCCUACAGUUUAUGUAAUGUUUCUCCCUUUCUUCCCUAUUUUCCUGUUCUGGACAGCUGUCAAGAGGUACAGAUUGCCUUCCUUUGGUUAUUUCCUUUUGAGCUGUAAUAAAACCACUGUCUUUUAAUAAACAGGCUUUGUUUGCCUUCAAAACCUGUUUUAGAUGUGUUUUCCAGGAAGGUUCCCAUCUGUAUUCUUAGACCCUUUAUGUCUUGUACAAGCACAUGCUUCCCCAAUUUUUAUACUAAAAAUACUUUGUUGAACCCAUAUUUGUUUGGAACAUUUUGAUUUCAUUUUGUUUUUGACUUGCUCUUUUGCCUUGACCUAGUUGAACAGAGCUUAUGGGACUCCAGAGUAUUCCCUGAAUAACUUUACUUCCAUGAAGCAAGGCUUUUGGGUUUUUGUAAGAUGUGCUAAGGAAGAUGCAGUUUUAAAUGAGCCUUUAUCCUGAUGUGGUAAAGGUAAAAAUUUAUGACAACUAUUUUAUUGUUGCUAGUUAAGAACCACUUUGCAAAUGUACCCCUUAGAAUACAUUUAAUUCCAUAGCUUUUAGCUAUAUGUCCCUACAUGUAAGAUGUUUCUGUCUUCUAAGAUCCUGAUCAUCUCUAAUCAUGCUCUUUGUCAUCUGUGUUUGAUAAACAUUUGCCUAUUCAAAUUCUACUUCAUGGUGAGGAGUUUUACUUGGAAACAUAACUAAUUAAAUGCUAUUUUGACCAUUUUCUGUAUCGUUUAAAUACAAAAUUGUAAAGGAUUUAAUAUAUUAACUAAAGACAGACUAUAAUAUUAUUUAAAGUAAACCUAUCAAUGACUAAGAUAUGUACCGACAUAGGGACCAAAAUCUUCUCUACCUCUUAGUCACAGCCUAGCAGACUCCGGCUUCUCAUUUUCCCCUUUCCAUGUUCUCUAGUUGAUACCUAUGAGACUGAGAGCUUAUCGCUGAAGGGAGUUGCCUCUGAAAGGAACUGUCCAGGCCAACCGUCGCCACAAGAGCAGGGCCACAUGCAAGUCUCUCUUCCAACUCUACAAUGAUAGUCAAAAUGGGUGCCAUCUUGCCCUCCACAUUUAUUGCCAACCAUACUUUACCAAUUUCACAUAUAUGUAGCCUAAGCUUGCUUACAUUAACGUAGUUCAACAUUCCUUAGAUCUCUCCAUAUUAUACUACCACACAUUUCCAACUACAAUCCUUACAUACUUCUUCAAAACCUACAAAGCAAUGUAAAGCAUAUUAUUAACACAUUCAGGUUUUCUGUGGUCUAAUUUCAUUUUCUUCUGCUGCUACUUUUUCAGCACUUGGCUUCCAAUGCAAGUAAAAUUUAUUAUCACUAGCACAUGGGAGGCAAACAUGAAACUUGAAGAGUUUGUGUGUAAUUUCUGCAAUAAGUUGGUUCAUGGCCGUUACACCAAAUGCCUGAUUGUAGAUGUUGACAAAAACCUUCCCACCAGAUAGACUGUUUGCCUGCUGUGAGGUCUUGAUCAGCGUUAUCUUGAUUUUUGUGUCCCUUAGCUUUUGUACAUGUGUGAUAGGAAUCAAAAUGACCCCUACUUCCUCAGAUUUAAGUAAAGUGUUUAACAUAGUGCCUACCCUAUAACAAUUCAAUGAUAUCAUGAAGAGAAAACACAUGACUUAAAUUGGAUUUUAGAGUUCUGAUAUAUAUAUCGUUUGUGUGUGUGUGUGUGUGUGUGUGUGUGUGCGUGUGUGUGUGUGUGUGUGUGUGUGUGUGUGUGUAAAAUAUGGAUCAGAGAGGAUAACCUGGAAAGAACUGACUACAGAAUGACAUAAUUUUUGGCAUAUUUGGAAUGACUGCAGAAUUUUUAUUUGCAAAUAAAGGGAAGAAUGAAACCACUGGUCUUUUGGAAACUUAAAGAGGGUAGAAUAGUUCAAACGGCAUUCAGUGUACCUUUCUGUGAUGCUCUCCGUCUGCUGCUGCAAAAUAAAGCUUAUUUUUCCUUAUGAGUGGUGAGAAUGACACUUCCCUGUGGGCGUUGGGAUAACUAUUUAGAACACAGCUAGGAAUAAUAUUGCUUAGAAAUGUGGCAGUAGAACUUCUCUUCUAGAGUCUAUUGACUCACCUGCUUCAAGUAGUUGGCUGAGCUACAGUAACCAAGCAUGAAUUUCCCCAUAUUUAAUAGGACUUAGGCCAACUAGAAGACCAGUAUAGAAAUCCAUAACUGGCCAGGAUGCAACAGACCCUUGUUUGCUUAUCGCUUUCAAUACAUUUACAAAGAACACAUAUACCUAAGGCUCAGAAAAUAUUCUUGAAAAAGGGGUAGAAAGACAGUGAGACCAGAUGACCUGGCAGUUUGUCAACAUAUGGGGCUCUCCUAAAAAAUGUGCAAGGGAUAGGGAGAGGGGAGCAUGAGUACAUAUGAGCACAAGACCAAAGACGUUGUAUGAAACUCUCAAAGAAUUAAAUUCUCAGUGUAACUUCCAGUGGCAGGCUAGAUCGUUAUUCUUAGACCCAUAUAUAAGUGUAGCUCUUAGCAUUCAUCACAGAAAGCCAUAGCUAAAAACCUUUUGAAUUGUUUUUCCCUCUAUCAGUUUCCACAAGCCUAGUGGCUUCUUUCUUCCCUUUAUUUGCAAAUAUAAAUUCUAUAGUAUUUUCAUUUUUAAAGCAAUUUCCGUUUUUUGCUUUUUGUUUCUUUGUUUGCUUCUUGUUGUUGUUGUUGUUGAAGCAGUGUUUCUCAAUGUAUUUCUAUCUAUCUUAUAACUCCUAUGUAGACCAGGCUGACCUCAAUCUCACAAAGAUCUUCCUGCCUCUGCCUCCAGAAUACUGAGAUUAAAGAUGUGCACUGCCAUCCCCACAUUCCCAGCUACUUGAAGACUGUUCAUAUUUUUGGGCCUGUUUUUGUCAAACUGCAAGUGAGAAGAUUUGGAUUAAGACUUAUAGCCCCUUUUUUCGUCCUAAAACAAAGUCACCUUACUUUCAAAUUAUCUUUUAAUUACCAAACUCACAGUUUAAAUUUGCAGCAUGAAUGUACAAUUGCCAUUUAAACGUAAUGUUUUAUGGUUGUGACAGCUGACCAGAGACAAAGCCUGCUGAAGAUGAGCUGCAGCUCUCUGGAGGGAGAGGUCCUGAACUGUUAGUGUGUGAUAAAGCUUUCAGUUAGUGCACACAAGCUCACCACAACUUCAGGAAAGACCUUAGGAUAACAACUAUGUUAUUACGGCGUUCCACAGAGCCGAAAAUGGUGUGCAGAUUUAUUGUCACUGUAACUAACCAGCUAGAACGUUCACAUUUUAUGUGAAUUUACAGGCCUUAAGUAUCAGUGAACUACUUCUCUCCGGAUCAGAGAGAAAUGAAACAUUUAUUUCUUUCUGUUUUCCUUUCUCCUCUCGAAGAGGCUCACAUUGAAGAUAAAUCUGCAUAGGAAUGCUUGUAGAAGCAUUCCUUAACUAGGAUUAAGACCUCUAGCAUGGAUUCACUACAGCCCUUACAGUAAUUGCUGUGCAAGCGAUUCAAUCCCGCCAUCAUAGCAUUGCUUCUCUCUCUCUCCCUCCCUCUCUCUCUCUCUCUCUCUCUCUCUCUCUCUCUCUCUUCCUCUCCCUCUCCCUCCUUCUCUCUCUCUCUCUCUCUCUCUCUCUCUCUCUCUCUCACUGAAAGUGAUAAAAUUGAAUGUAAUUUGACUUUACAUAGUGAGGCUUUCAAAGUUGAAUGUCUUUGGUAUGUACCAGCUUUAUUGAAAGACAUAUUAAUCUGUCCAGGGCUACUGGUAUUUAUAAGCAUAACUGUUCUCACAUAGAUUUCUUAGAGGAAAAAUCAUACAAUUUACAUUACAGUAAAUUUUCUUAAGACUUUAUAUGGGUGCACCCGUGCUUAUAGAAAGUAUAGCUACAAAGUUCAGAAAGUUUUAUAGCUUGUAAUGGCACAGACUUUAUAUUUUUAAAGUUAACAAGAAAGUCCACGCUGUAGAGAGAUUAUAGAUAAUUUUUAUGUAAAGUAUAUCUGUCCAAUACCACCUUCCUUCAAUAAAUUGUAGGGAAUUUGGCAGUGUGCUAACCCUAGUCACUCAGUCACUGUUUACCACUUCUAAAAUCCAUUCUCUAAGUUCAAUAGUAUAAUUUCUCAUAAGCAGUGGCCUCCUCACUCAUUGAGCAAAUGUUGAGGAGACAAAGUACUCAUCCUAGGCAGGUAUUUUAUUAUGUAGGCUCAUCCUGUAAAUACAAUUAUGAGAAAAUAUCUGAGGAAAUAUAGAGUUAAAAGCUCAACAGGAAUGAUUGUUGUUUGGCAAGACAUCCAGCAGUCCUCUGUAGAAAAUUACAAUCUUGGCAUUGGGAUGAGAAACUCUCAUUUCUUUGCAUCUCCUGACCCUCUGUGUACAGCGCUGCUAAGCAGCCUAAUAACCUCCAUUUUCGUUAGUGAUGUCCUUAGCUCUGGAAUCGCCCACAAUUCCUCAUUCAUAGAGUACAUUUAUCUAAAUGGAAAAAUAAAAAGAAAAGGAUACUGCAACAAAUGCCCAAAAUAUGAAUGGCAUUUGCAUUGCAUUCUUGUGGAAAUGUUGAAAUAGAAAUUAAAGCUGAUGUUAGGUGACAACUAAAGCCUGGUAGAUGUUUUGUACACUAUUAUCGCUCUGGGAUGAGCUCUUUUGAAUGAGUGCUGUCAAAUAAAACAGACCUGUAAUUACAGGUUUCACUGGCCCUGUUACUAACUAAUAGACACUGUCUUAGAAGUUUCCCUAAGUCCUCUGUACGACUGCAUUCUGCUUAUUGUCCACUGCCCAUGGUACUACUGUCCAGUCCACAAUCCAGUGCCCUAUUCGUAUGACUCAUUUGACUGCACCACAGGAGAGGAACUAGCUUCACCUAACUAGCACCACCAUAGCUUUGAGGAAGGGAUGGGGGAAGAAUAGCCUGCCAACCAGCCAGCAGGCCUGUCCAUUCUCUCUUUACUUCUAACAGUCACUGCAGGACUGCAGCCAGCAUAGAUUACUGUUAAUAGUAAAAACUCAUGCACCAUGGCAAAUCAGUGUCUUUUAUGGUCAGAGAAAAAUGACAUCUCUUAAUUGUUUCCUGCUUAAUGGUGGUAGAAGCUUUAUGGAUGUUCCUUUAAUGACAACCAAUAUAAUCAGACUAAAACUGAACAACUAAUGCUAUAACUAUAGGAAGUGUGUAGAACACUGAAUAAUGUAGAUGUUGAUAAUAUGCACGUGCCAAAGUAUCUUGUAAGAAAAGAAGGCAGUGUCACAAAUGGAAGCAAUUUUAAAUGAAAGUGUUGCUGUGAAGAAUCACGGCAGUCACAAGUCUGGCAGCAUGUGAAUGUACAAUUCCCAUGGUCCUUUCUGUGAUAAUAUGAACUUGAUCUUUUUACUCCCAUAAAGGAAUGACAAGUCAAAUUGGAAGGACAAGCAAGCAAGUAAGGCAGACAAUGUUGCCUACUUUGUUGCGAUUAUGCUGUUGCAGCUCAGCAAAUGCCUGUAUCCCCUGGUGGUGUUUAACAGGGAGUUUUUCAUUGUCUCUGUCAGAAAAUGCCUGGAUGUCAUACAGAUGGAUGAAAGGAAGGCAAUGAGUAAGAACUGUGGAUUUUAAAUGUCAGUAUAACCUAUUUUUCCACCAAAGCUGUAACCCAUCUUGACCAAUGAUGCCUAACCCACUCUGGAUUUAGGCAGUGACAUAAACCUUUGUUCUCGCAUAUAGUUCCCCAAUCAUGGUCAAAGGACAACAUGAACAAAGGUGAUGACUAUGGUUUUGCAGACAUAGGUCUCAGUGUCUCCUUUGCAAUGUUUGAAGGGUCAUUCUUAACUAUAGGCAAAGACUCCUGAUAACAGGGCUUACAUAGAAAAAUUGCAGGACAGGUUUAGGAUAGAAUCAUUUUUCAUCCUCAGAUGCUAAUCAGAUUGAAAAUAAACCUGUCACUGAGCGGUAGCAACAAUGCCAGGGCCAUUUGCUGCAUGUGAUCUUUGCAAAUGGGCUUGCUGCCUUUCAGAUGACUUUUCUGUCACACUCCAGAGAACACGAGUCCCUGAAGAUUUCUGUGAAUGCUUAGUUAUUAGGAAACCAUCGCCUCAUGGAUGACUUCAUAAAUGUUUGCUUUUGCAUCAGGAAAUGGCACACAACCUAAUUUUUUCUGUCUCCCCACUACCCACACACACAUAUCUCCUUUGAAAACAGCCAAUAAAAUGAUAGAGAGACUUUGAUUGAUGAUUAAUAUCACAAGAAAUCCCCCAAACAUUGUCCCCUAGACAUAGUGUGGAAUUUACAUUUCUCUGCACAUUGUAAAUAAUAUUUGUUCCUACUAAUGUAUUAGAAAACUCACAGUUUUAUAAUAUUUUAUUGUAGUUUAUAAAUUUCCAAUAUUUUUCUUUACUUCUUGUUUUAGAACAGUGAUGAUGGAGCCAACACACUGUUUUUUUUUUAAUGCAACUGUUUAGCAUUACAAUCAUGACAUCGCCUGGGAGACUUAAGUGGACAUCUCCCACUCUACCUAUAAACAUGCUUAUUCAUUAGUUUUCUUAUACAGCUAUCUCCAACACAUUAUAUGUCAGGAUUCACGGUCUCCCUGAAGACAUUUGUUUAAAGGCUAUAUCAACCUAAAUGUGUCAAGUGUGGGUAAAAUACAAUUAAAAAGUGACUCGGAACAGUUGCUAUAUCUCAGAACACUUUUGUGUUAUGUAAUGUUGACAUUAUUCAUUCCAGAUAUUUUAUAUUGUGAAUACACUUCUUAUAGUCAUAGAAUUCUUAUAAACUGUCUUACCAUCUCUUAAAUAAGGAUCUGUAGUUUAAAAUUUUAAAUUCUAUCAAAAAUACUUUCCAACUUUUCUAUUACUUCAUUGAGAAUUUCGUGCAAUUCAUUUUGAUCAUGUUCGCCAACUUCAACUUCUCUACCCAUCUCUGUGUCUCCUUUAUCACACACACACACACACACACACACACACACACACACACACACACACA